CCCGGCGGCCCAGCUGGAAACCGUGAGCGGCGGAUCAAGACAGUCGCGGAGUCCCUGGCCAGCCAGGUUGAGGAACGUUAGAAGGCCCGGAGGCGAAAUCCAAGAGGAACUCGACUCCCUGCGGCUGGCAUUCGGCUUUCAGAGAAGAUGGCGGGGCCAGAGCUUUUGCUCGACUCCAACAUCCGCCUCUGGGUGGUCCUACCCAUCGUUAUCAUCACUUUCUUCGUAGGCAUGAUCCGCCACUAUGUGUCCAUCCUGUUGCAGAGCGACAAGAAACUGACCCAGGAACAAGUCUCCGACAGCCAAGUCCUAAUUCGAAGCAGAGUCCUCAGGGAAAAUGGAAAAUACAUUCCCAAACAGUCUUUCUUGACACGAAAAUAUUACUUCAACAACCCAGAGGAUGGAUUUUUCAAAAAAACUAAAAGAAAGGUAGUGCCACCUUCUCCUAUGACCGAUCCCACUAUGCUCACAGACAUGAUGAAAGGGAAUGUCACCAAUGUCCUCCCUAUGAUUCUUAUUGGUGGAUGGAUCAACAUGACAUUUUCAGGCUUUGUUACAACCAAGGUGCCAUUUCCACUGACCCUUCGUUUUAAGCCUAUGCUACAGCAAGGAAUCGAGCUACUCACAUUAGAUGCAUCCUGGGUGAGUUCUGCAUCCUGGUACUUUCUCAAUGUAUUUGGGCUUCGGAGCAUAUACUCUCUGAUUCUGGGCCAAGAUAAUGCCGCUGACCAAUCACGAAUGAUGCAGGAGCAGAUGACCGGAGCAGCCAUGGCCAUGCCUGCAGACACCAACAAAGCUUUCAAGACAGAAUGGGAAGCUCUGGAGCUGACGGAUCACCAGUGGGCACUAGAUGAUGUAGAAGAGGAGCUCAUGGCCAAAGACCUCCACUUUGAAGGCAUGUUCAAAAAGGAAUUACAGACAUCUAUUUUUUGAAGACCGAACCAGGAUUAGCUGUGUCAGGAGCGAAGAGUAGCAUUUAACCUUGUAACUUUCGUUGGAGCUGGAGCCUCUGAGAAUAAAAAGGAGGGUGCAAGGGCUGGCGGGCGUGCAGCAAGGCUCGUUCUUGUCUGAGCUGGGUUCCCCUGACGUUGGAAACUAGAGGAAAGAGGAGUAUGCCAGCAAUUCACUAUUUAAAAAAGUGUUUUAAAGUUUCCUUCUGGUGACUCUAGUAGUGACAGUCAGAGAAAGGGGAAAACUCAAGCUACUGAUAAUAUAUAAAAACUUAGCAAAAAUUCCGUCUUUCGAAGAAGCAUUGUCAAUUAUAACUAGUUAUUAUGUUCAGUCAGCCUGACUUCUAACCACAUUGAACUCCUGUUUUCUUGGGAUCCAAGCACCUUCCCCUCUGCAUUUUACCUUUAAUUUUUUGGUUGGUAUUUUUAACUUUACAAAAGUACACCUUUUUCACGUCCCAAAUUUUAGAAACUAUGGAUGAGCAAAAUGAAUAUCCCUGUAUUAUUCACUUUGAGCCCACAGAAGGACACAGAAAAUGUGUCCAAACCUUGUUCAGAGUGAAUACCCAGGGCCAGGGCAGACUUUUGAUAAGCAAACCUUUGAUAAGUCUUAACAUUGUCCAGUGAAAAUCAAUGACCCCGAGGCACUGCCGGCUUCUCAAGUGCCUUUGGGAUUAUCAAAGACAGGUUCAAUAAUAUAAGUUCUUGAUCUAGACUUCAGAAUAUAUCAAACCCAUUGACAAAUCAAUGGUGCUGUACUGUAAAUGGCUACUCAGUUGAACGAAAGACCUCAUUUCCCAGUUACUCUGGACAGGAGAGAAUUCACAUAUCACUGUCAGAGGGGAGAGAAGGCAGCUGCCCAGGAAUCUUUCUGUCUAGAUUAACAGUCCCAGGGAAAUGGCAGAGACCCAUUUCUGUACCAAGAGAUGGAUGUAAUUUGCAUGUUGAGCACUGUAAUCAAGAACAAACGACUCUUGACUCUACAAAUUAAACCAUUCUGUUUUUUCUUUGCCUGUGAAA